AUGGCUAGAAAUUCUUCAAUCACCAAUCAAGAAGUAGCUUCAAAUCACUAUAACAAGUCAGCUUCCAAGAAAACUGUUUCAUUCAAGCCCAAACAAUCUGUUCAAAUGAAGUAUGGAGACAAAUGGAAACCCAGGACGGUCAUCAGUAAAAAUGCCACCCCAAUAUCAUAUACGGUAGAAUCAGAAGGAAGACAGUAUGUCAGAACAUCAAGGCACAUACGAAGAACUAAAGACUUAGAAAACAAAGAAAAGGCCAAGGCUACUGUGUGCACUGUUUAUGAUUUAGAAGAAGCUUUAGCUAAAACAAGAGUGCAAAUCCCGAUACAAGACAACCCGCCAGAUUCAGACUCAAGAAGUGAUGAAGAUUCAAGUAGCACUUCUGAUGAAGACUCAGACUCUAACUCUGAUGGAAACCGCAAUUUGAUCCAUAUUACAGACAUGCUUUCAUCUCUAAGUGAUGCAGAGUACUCAGCCUCCAGUUCUCAUGAAAAUCUAAAUGAAAAUAUUUCAGAAAACUCAGCAGCCAGCUUUUUUGAAGACGAAAACAAUAGUACGGAAGAAGUUUUUUAUGACUCUACUGAUGAUGAAAGCUCUGAACUAUAUGAAACGCCAUACUCCAGCAGCAGUGAGGAUGACGAAGAAGAAAUACCAAAACAAACUUUAAGACAAUCAUCUAGAAUAAUGAAGAAGAAAAAAUAUUUUUGUGAUAAUAGUUACUGUGAGUAUGCUAUGUAA